AUGAUCCCUCAUACCACAGAAAAAGGAGAAAGUCUCUACUUGUACAAACCAAGUCACGUUUUACCUGCAGUGUUUGCAGGAAUUGUUGGCUUGUCAUUAUUGUUGCAUAUUUACCAAAAUUAUCGUUACCGAUUCUGGCGCGUUACUUUCUUCCUCUGUUGGGGUGGAACCCUAUUCACCAUCGGCUGGAUUCUACGAUGCGUCUCAAGCUAUCACCCGACGAAUGUGGACAUCUAUAUUGCCUCCCAGGUAUUCAUAUAUAUCGGUCCACCCGUAUAUUCAGCCUCGGCAUACAACCUUGUCGGUCGUCUCAUGAACUAUCUGCCUAUGCAUGCAGUCCUCAAUCCUAACCGCGUCCUCAUCUUCUUCGUUUAUGUGGGCGCUGCCGUUGAAGGAAUCACGGUGGCAGGCGCAGCCAAGAAUGCCUCAGCAGGCUCAAACUUGGAGAAGUACAAGUCCGGUGGUACUCUCGUAGCCGCAGGUCUGAUUCUCCAAGCCGUCGUUGAGCUAGUGGUCGUCGCAAUCGUCGCAACAGUUCACAGACGCUGCUCUCGGGCUCGAAUGCUAUCACCGAAUGUGCGUCUGAUUUGCUUCACGUUAUACGGCACAUCUACCUUUGUCCUGUUGCGAUGCAUCUUCCGAGCUGUGGAGUCCUUCGACAUGUUCAGCAAGCUCGGCUGCCGGGUGAAUUGUGGACCGAUUCUCAGUAACGAGUGGUACCUUUAUGCCUUUGAAUUGGGUCCCAUGCUCAUCUUUACGUGGUUGAUGAACUUGAUGCAUCCUGGCAGACUCCUGCCUCGACAGAAGUUGCGCUAUUUGUGUCCUGAUGGUCGCACUGAGCGCAUGGGUCCUGGUUGGACUGAUCGACGGUCUCAAUGGGAGACAUUCGCCGAUCCUCUGGAUCUGAAGGGUGUUAUCAAGGGAACCCCCUCUCAUGAAGAAUAUUGGUUGCGAGAGGCACAGUGGCCUGUCUGCAGGGAUGGUAGCUUUGCUAUUGGAACGGCAACCAACACUAGGUCUAAUAAUGCGCAGGUUGAAAAGCUAAUUUCAUCAAUUGAUGUUUGA